CAGAGCUUCCUCCCCGCCUGGUGCUCUCCUCGUUCUCAUUUGUUCCCGGGUUCGGAUGACGACGUCCAAUAGUUAGGCCUACACGAGAUGCAAAUUCUCGACGGUACUUGAUAGGUUACGACAGUAGGUCGUGUCAACAGCGCUGAAGUAGUUAAGUAAACAGACAUUGUGCGUUUUAGUUGGCUGUAGUAAGCAGUGUAUGCCAGCCUGUACGCAUUCGUAUUCUGUAGAUCAUUUUUCUUGUUGGAUAUAUUCCUUGCCUUGCACUUGCUAACGGAUUUUUUGUAUACACAAAAAAAAAAAAUCUAAAACAGCGACUUUAAUCGUAGCCUACAUGUGAUUUGUUUAUACUCGAGUGGAACAAAUUUACUUUAUCUCAACUAGGGCAUUCGUGACUUCCUUUGAAGGGCGUUCGUGUUAUUGAAUAAACUAUUAUUGUACUCAAGGGUUGGACAAAAUCGUCCACCCAGCCAUUCGUGCGUUAUCCGUGAAUGGACUUACACAUUGGAGCUAUCAUCUCAUAUAAUUCACUUAUUAUUUUGUUUCUUAAGGUGAUUGGAAACUAAAGUCACUCAAGAUUACAAAACUAUGGAGGGAAUACAUUUAAUAUAUUUGCUGGUCCUCUUUUGUUUCUGGAAAGUGACUUACUGCGACGAACCACAGAGCCUACCGUUAGGACCACCACAGGUGGCUGGAACGGUGAAUCCGGAACAAAGGACCAGAGUUGGCCGGACAAUAAAACUAGAGUGUCCCGCUAUUGGUUCCCCACCUCCACUCAUCAUCUGGAAAAAGCAAGAUGAGAGAAUCCGUACAGAUUGGGAACGCUACAAGAUAAAUAAAGAUAGACCUAGUCUAAAAAUAAAGAACGUCCAAAUGGAAGAUGCUGGCGAAUUUGUUUGCCAGGCAACUAAUGGUUUUGGAAGCGUAAAUAUCAAGUACACAUUGACAGUAAUAGAAUCCAAACCAAAAACAGAAGAAAGCCUUAAUCCAGAUGAUACAACAGGCACCUCACCAAAAUUUAUAAAACAACUUAAGAUGAGGAAAAAGACAAGAGUCAAGCCAAAAGGAGGCACAGUUCACAUGAAUUGCAAGGCAACUGGCCAUCCGCGGCCAGAUAUAUACUGGAAAAAAGAUGGGAAAAACCUAACAGACGACGUGCUUGGAACAACAAAACGUGGUCCUUCCACUUUAAGCCUAACCAAGUUAAAAGCUGAAGACAGUGGUGUAUAUACAUGUAUCGUUUCAAAUCGCAACGGGCAAAUCAAUGCCACUUAUAAAUUGGAAGUAGUUGAUCAGCCACCGAUAGAAGUUCCCCGUCUGAUUGACGAGUUGCCAGUGAAUACUACCGUGAAGUACGGCGAAACAACCUCAUUUCAAUGCAAGGUUCAAAGUGAAAUUGUCCCGCACAUCCAGUGGCUGAAGCGUGUUGAGCAACAUAAUAAAUUAAAAAACUCAAACACAACCAUCGACAUGGAUGGCCAAGAAUUUAUUGUUCUCCCGCCGGGACAGAUUGCUCCGCAAAGGGAUGGCACGUACCUGAAUAAGUUAACAAUCAUAAAAGCAACACAAGAGGAUUCAGGGAUGUAUGUGUGUCUGGGUGCCAACACCAUGGGAUACAGCUUCAAAAGUGCCUUCUUAGAGGUAUUGCCACCAGGAGUGGGUAGUGAUGGAAGCACUGGAACAACCACAAAUCCUCAGCAAGUGAAUGAUGACGAUGAAUCUUUCCGGAGUACAAUCCAAUAUGUAAUAUUUAUCGCAAUCCCAUCAAUAGUCGUCAUUAUAUUUAUUAUUAUGCUAAUUAUGUACUGCACGGGAUGUCGGAAGUCAUCUUCAAGGCCGCCCCCACAAGUUCGUCAACAGCAGCCAUUAAAUCAGCUAGGCCGUCAAGAACCUAAUGAACACACUCCGCAAAAUUUAAAUAAACCAUAUUACCCAACACCGCCUCAGUCGCAUGAAAGUUAUCCAGUUGGGUUUGAUAAAAUUGUGAAUCAUUAUCAGGAUUUUCAUCCGCCGACGACUUACUCGGAUACAUUAAAUAGUAAUGGAAGUUUAUCAAGCAGUAGAAUAUACCAUUAUCCACAUAUGAAUGUACAUCAAUGCUGAGGCCCAUUGCAUCAACAGUCACCUAUUUUUGUAUAGUUAUACAUGUAUAUAAGAGUAAAAAGUUUUACAAAAGUUGUAUUCUAUUGGUAGACCCAUUUACAAUAGUGUUUGUAACAAUGUAUACUGAAGUUUGGAAAGUUAGUGGGAUAUGAUGAGAAUGGGAGUUAUGGUUUGGGGUGGUUAAUGAGCAUGAUGUGGGGGUUAUACCCACAGGGUUUAAUGUUAAGGCCCAGAGAGGCUGUUA